CUGGGCAGAGCCCACUGCUCCUGUCCCUGAGUGGGAACUACUCUGCCCCUCUGACGGUCACCAGCAGCGGGAACAAGGUCUACCUGCGGUGGUCCUCUGAUCACGCCUACAACAGAAAAGGCUUCAAAAUCCGCUACUCUGCUCCUUACUGCAGCCUCCCUCAGCCCCCAGCCCACGGGAUGAUCGUGAGCCAGACAGGGCUGCAGCCUGGCAGCACCGUGCGCUUCGCCUGCGACAGCGGCUACCGGCUCGUGGGGCACAGCACCACCACCUGCACCCAGCACCCCCAGGGCUACUUCCACUGGAGCCAGGCCAUCCCUCUCUGCCAAGCUCUCUCCUGUGGCGUUCCCCGGGCCCCCAGGAACGGCGUCGUCUUUGGCAAGGAGUACACCGUGGGCACCAAAGCCUUGUACCACUGCAACCAGGGCUUCCAGCUGCAGCCUGGGGAGCAGGCCAGCACAGAGUGCCUGCAGGCAGGGCACUGGAGCAAUGGGGACCAGCCCCCACAGUGUGUGGCUGUCACCUGUCCUGAUAUCAACAGCAUCGCGGUGGAGCACGGCCGCUGGCGCCUGACCUACGAGGUCCAGUACCACUACAACGCCCAGCUCAUGCUCAGCUGUGACCCUGGCUACUACUACACUGGCCAGAGGGUCAUCAAGUGCCAGGCCAACGGGAAGUGGAGCAUAGGAGAGCCAAUGCCCACCUGCAAAAUUAUCUCCUGUGGAGACCUGCCAACCCCUCCCAACGGCAACAAGAUUGGCACGCUGACCAGCUAUGGGGCCACAGCCAUCUUCUCCUGCAACACUGGCUACACCCUGGUGGGCUCCCGGGUGAGGGAGUGCAUGGCCAAUGGACUGUGGAGUGGAGCAGAAGUCAGGUGUCUGGCGGGGCACUGCGGCGUGCCCAGCCCCAUCGUCAACGGGCAGAUCAACGGGGAGAACUUCAACUACCGCGGCAGCGUGGUGUACCAGUGCGGCCCCGGCUUCCGCCUGAUCGGCAUGUCCGUGCGCAUCUGCCAGCAGGACCACCGCUGGUCCGGCAAGACUCCUGUCUGUGUGCCUAUCACUUGUGGCCACCCUGGCAACCCUGCCAAUGGCUUGACCCAAGGGACUCAGUUCAACCUGAAUGAUGUGGCCAAGUUUGUGUGCAACACUGGCUACAGACUGGAAGGGGCAUCACAGUCCCAGUGCUUGGCCAACGGGCAGUGGAGCAGCACCCUGCCCUCCUGCCGGGUUGUAAACUGUUCUGACCCUGGGCACCUGGAAAACAGCAUCCGGCAAGUGCAGCCAAGUGGGCCUCACAGAUUCAGCUUUGGAACAACUGUCUCUUAUCAGUGCAGCCAUGGAUAUUACUUAUUGGGGACACAUGUCCUUACCUGUCAGGGGGAUGGCACUUGGGACCGUGCCCUCCCCCAGUGUCUUUUGGUCUCUUGUGGCCACCCUGGCUCCCCACCCCACGCUCAGGUCUCAGGGGACAAGCACACGGUGGGCUCGGUGGUCAGGUACAGCUGCCUGGGCCAGCGGACGCUGAUCGGCAACGCCACCCGCAUGUGCCAGCUGGACGGGCGCUGGAGCGGCUCCCUGCCACACUGCUCAGGAGGCAGCCAGGGGGGGUGUGGUGACCCCGGGAUCCCCUCCCACGGCAUUGGGCUGGGGGCCGACUUCGCCGUGGGCCGCGCGGUGCGGUUCAGCUGCGAGCCCGGCUACCUGCUGCGGGGCUCCUCCGAGAGGACCUGCCAGGCCAAUGGCUCCUGGAGUGGCACGCAGCCGGAGUGUGAAGUGAUCUCCUGUGGAAACCCAGGGACCCCCAGCAACGCCAGGGUCCUAUUCAACGAUGGCUUAGUGUUCUCCAGCUCCAUCAUUUAUCAGUGCAGGGAAGGUUAUUACUCCACAGGGGUGCUGAGCAGGCACUGCACAGUGAAUGGGACCUGGACUGGGACCAGUCCAGAGUGUACAGUGAUCAACUGUGGCGACCCCGGGGUGCCGGCCAACGGCAUCCGGCUGGGCAGCGACUUCACCUACAACAAGACAGUGGAGUUCCAGUGCACCCCUGGCUACAUGAUGGAGUCAGACAGGGCAUCCUCCCUCACCUGCACCAAGGACCGCACCUGGAACGGCACCAAGCCCUCCUGCAAGGCUAUCCUCUGCAAAUCCCCACAAGCCAUUCCCAACGGGAAGGUGGUGGGCUCGGAUUUCAGCUGGGGCUCCAGUGUGAGCUAUGCCUGCCUGGAAGGCUACCAACUCUCCCUGCCUGCUGUGCUCACCUGCGAGGGCAACGGCAGCUGGAGCGGAGAGAUCCCGCAGUGCUUCCCUGUGUUCUGUGGUGACCCAGGGAUACCUGCCCAGGGCAGGAGGGAGGACAGAGGCUUCACCUACCGCUCGUCCGUCUCCUUCUCCUGCUUAGCCCCGCUGGUGCUGGUGGGGUCGGCCAGGAGGUUCUGCCAGUCUGAUGGGACAUGGAGUGGGACCCAGCCCAGCUGCAUAGACCCCAGCCUCACGACCUGUGCGGACCCUGGCGUGCCUCUCUUCGGGAUGCAGAACAACUCCCAGGGCUACCAGGUGGGCAGCAUCAUCUUCUUCAAGUGCCAGAAGGGCUACCUGCUGCAGGGCUCCACCACCAGGACCUGCCUGCCCAACCUGACGUGGAGCGGCGUGCAGCCGGACUGCGUCCCUCACCACUGCAAGCAGCCAGAGACCCCCUCCCAUGCCAACGUUGGUGCUCUGGAUUUGCCCUCUCUGGGCUACACCUUGAUCUACUCCUGCCAGAGUGGCUUCUAUCUCACUGGAGGAUCUGAGCACCGGACCUGCAAAGCAGAUGGCAGCUGGACAGGAAAGCCUCCUAUUUGCCUGGCUGACAUCCGUCCCAGCGGGAGGCCGGUGGGCACCGCGCGGGACCCGCCGCUCGCCAAGGUCUCAGUGCCUGCUGAUGUGUUUGCAAGGAAUUCCCUUUGGAAAGGCUCCUACGAGUACAUGGGGAAAAAGCAGCCGGCGAUGCUCUCCGUCACCAGCUUUGACCCUGCCACCAGUAAAGUCAAUGCCACCCUGAUAGACCACAGUGGUGUGGAGCUCCAGGUGUCUGGUGUUUACAAGAGAGAAGAUGUGCACCUGCUCCUCCAGGUCUACCAAAUAACAGGGCCAGUGGAGACCUUUGUCAACAAGUUCAAGACUGACAAAUGGGCUCUGGAUGGACAUGUUUCAUCAGAGUCUUCCAGUGGCACUUUCGUGUACCAGGGCUUCGUGCGUGGCAAAGGCUUUGGGCAGUUUGGCCUCCAGAGACUUGACAUCAGCAUGAUGGAAAAUGAUCCAGAAUCAAUAGGACACCACUUUGCAUCCAACAGCAGUUCUGUGGCAGCUGCCAUCCUUGUGCCUUUCAUAGCCCUGAUUAUUGCAGGGUUUGUGCUUUAUCUCUACAAACACAGGAGAAGACCAAAAGUCCCAUUCAAUGGCUAUGCUGGCCAUGAAAACACCAACGUGAGAGCAACCUUUGAGAACCCAAUGUAUGACCGCAACCUGCAGCCCACAGACAUCAUGGCCAACGAGACAGAGUUCACAGUCAGCACUGUCUGCACAGCUGUAUAGCACCCAGCCCUGCCUGGGUCGGUGUCUGGUGGAUGAUUGUGUCUCACCUCACUAGUCCCCAUCCAUUCCCUCCUCAUUUCCCUCCUCCCAACCUCGGUGAGGCCGUGGAGCAGCUGCUACACCUCCUUGGUGUUGACGUCCUGAGAGACUGCUGGGCUGUCCUCUGUCAUCCUCACCCCGCCUCUCCACCCUGCCGUGGAUGAUGAAGCCAACCAAAGGUCUGCUCCAACACAGCUCCUCUCUCCCCCACCCUGCUGGUGGGUCUCAGCCUAACACCAAGACCUGGGGAGGGGCAAGGUGAUGGGAAGGCUUUUAACGACCUGCUCUUGGUGAUGCGUUCCUGGAGGGAGCCGUGGGCUGCUCCGUGGGGGUCCCGCCAGCCUUGGGAAGAGCUUGGACAGCAGAGAGGCCACUGCCCGAGGUGCUGAGUGGGGUUGAUGGACCAUACUGGGAUGGGACAGGAUGAGGACUUGCUUUGUCUUUGGUUUUGUGGCUGAUUUCUUUGGUGGUUUGUUUGUUUCUCCCCCCUCCCCCCAACCCAAAGCUCUUGCAGAGGAAGAGUCCUCAGAUGGGACCUUCUCAACCAGAAAAGCAAAACUCCUCCAAGCUUUUCCUCCUCUUCCCCACCCUUGAAAGUUCCUUUGGGCGCUCCUGCUGGGUUUCUCCUGCCCCUGUCUUCAUUUCAGGCAGCUCUCAGGGCUGGUGAGGAAACAUCCCCCUCCCAACCCCCCAGCCCCAGCCCUCUCCCAGCAGCUGCUGCCUCUAGCUGCAUCCAAACCCCCUGAGCAGGAACUUGCUGAGAGACAACGAAGGGACAAAAACCUCUUCCCGAAGAGCUCUUAACAAAUGCCCAUUCCCCACCCCCCAUCAGCUGCAUUCAGAAGCCUUUGCCCUUUCCAUAUUGAUCCUCCAAAUGGCAAUGCAAUAAGGGGUUUCAUUUCUCUCCAAAGCUCUUCCCUUUAUUUCCCAGGGGCAGAAAGGUUGCCUUGGCUUUGGCGAGAGCAGAUAAGGCUGCCUGACAUUUUCCCUCCCAUUAGAAGAGGAGGAGGUUGCCCUGCUGACACUGCUCCUCCUCUCACAGGGAGGAGAGCUGCUGGCCUUGGGU